AUGCAUUUCAUCUAUUUAUUCUUCUUCGUCUUCCAAUUAAGCAAUAUUCAAACAACCGUAGCGCAAACGGAACAAACAGAACCGUUGGAUUUAUCAAUAUCAAAAGUGAAAGAGAAAGGAGAUGGGUCACAUGGCUUAUCAAUGGAAGAAGCGAGUGGUGAACGAAUUAAACCGGGGCGACAACUCGUUCCAAUCGAAACACUGAUGGAAGUAGUGGAACUAUCAAAGCAAGAAGGAAGGACGACGAACAAGCAUCGUUGUGACAUAUGUCGAAGGGAAGUAGCAAAUAUAAAAACACAUAUGAAGACUCAUAUUGGUGAAAAGACGCAUAGCUGUCCACUAUGCAAGAGAAAUUUCACUCAGUUAGGGGAUAUGAAAAAACAUAUGACGACUCAUACUGGUGAAAAGCUGUACAGUUGUUCGAUAUGCAAAAAGAAUUUCAGUCGGUCCGACAGUAUGAAAAAGCAUAUGAUGACACAUACCGGUAAAAAGCCGUACAGUUGUUCGAUAUGCAAAAAGAAUUUCGGUGAUCUCUGUAAUAUGAAAAGGCAUAAGACGACUCAUACUGGUGAAAAGCUGUACAGUUGUUCGAUAUGCAAAAAGAAUUUCACUAGGUCCAACAGUAUGAAAGCACAUAUGGUGAUUCAUGCCGGUGAAAAGCUGUACAGUUGUUCGAUAUGCAAAAAAAAUUUCACUCAGUUCGACAAUAUGAAAGCACAUAUGGUGAUUCUUACCGAAGAAUUUGAAGAUAAAAAGUUGAAGCGGAAACCGAAGAAGGAAGAAGAGGAAGGUAAACAGGAAGAAGAGGAGAAAGCACAAAAGAAAACUAUUAUUUGUUAUGAAAAAAAUGUUACUUUUACAGGCAGUCCAUCUAUCACUUUGCUUGUUUGUAAACAAUGA